GUGCUUGUUGGUUUGUUAUAAGUGUUUAUUGAUUAUAUUGAUUAUAUUUACAGCUCUUAUUUUCUCUUGUAACUGAAUUUCACAGUUUGCUUCUUUGUAUUUUCACAUAGAAAAUAACAUUAGGAUGUAUUAAAGUGUUUCUUGCUAUCUUACUUAUUUUCUUGUCUGCUCUAAUGCUUUGGUCCUUUUAUUGAGUUUCUAGUUUCUAGUCACAUUUCAUGUAUACAAAAAUUAUUAUUCUACAUUGAAUGAGUCAUUGGUCUAAUUUCCAAGGAUUCAACUUCUAAAAAUAAAAAUAAAUGACCAUCCAAAAGGUCAAAAGGCUUAUGCUGUGUUCUACCAGUGAUAGUUGUUUCCAAGGACAGUGUCUGUUUUUUUCACUAACAUACCAUAGAUCUUAGAAAAGGACUUGACAUACAUAUUCACUCAAAUAUUUGUUGAGUAAAUUAGGAAAAUUAAUACCUGUGCAGUUAAUUUUGUAUAUUUUAGUGAAUUAAAUUUUUUCUAUGUCGUUUACAACUUAGGUAUUUGACUUUGAGUCAAAUAUAUUAACAAAGCUAAAAUCAUGACAGAUUUUCUUGAACAACCAAAAUGAAAUCCAGGACAAUGGCCUUAGAGCUAUUGAGAAUUUGAUGCAGAAGAAGGGGAAAUUUGAUUACAUACUAUUAGAGACCACUGGGUUAGCAGAUCCUGGUGCUGUAGCUUCUAUGUUUUGGGUUGAUGCUGAAUUAGGGGUUGAUAUUUAUCUUGAUGGUAUCAUAACUGUUGUGGAUUCAAAAUAUGGAUUAAAACAUUUAGAAGAAGAAAAACCUGAUGGCCUUAUCAAUGAAGCUUCCAGGCAAGUCGCUUUGGCAGAUAUCAUCAUCAUUAAUAAAACAGACUUGGUUUCAGAAGAGGAUUUAAGCAAAUUAAGAGCAGCCAUUAGAUCAAUAAAUGGACUGGGAAAAAUUUUAGAAACACAAAGAUCAAGAGUUGAUCUCUCUAAUGUAUUAGAUCUUCAUGCCUUUGACAGCCUUUCUGGAAUAAGUUUGCAGAAAAAACUUCAGCAUGUGCCAACAACACAGCCUCACCUUGAUCAGAGCAUUAUUACGGUGACAUUUGAAGUACCAGGAAAUGCAAAGGAAGAAAGUCUGAAUGUAUUUAUUCAGAAUCUUCUGUGGGAGAAGAAUGUAAGAAACAAGGAUGAUGACUGCAUGGAGGUCAUACGGCUAAAGGGGCUGGUGUCGAUCAAAGACAAAGCAAAGCAGGUGAUUGUCCAGGGUGUCCACGAGCUCUAUGAUCUGGAGGAGACUCCACUGAGCUGGAAAGAUGACACUGAGAGAACAAAUCGAUUGGUUCUUAUUGGCAGGAAUUUAGAUAAGGAGAUCCUAAGACAACUGUUUGUAGCUACUGUGACUGAAGCAGAGAAGCGGUGGACAACACAUUUCAAAGAAGAUCAAGUUUGCCUAUAACAUUAGAAGCAUCACAGAAAUUAGGUGAUAAAUCAGGAGUAAGUUUCCUACUGAGUGUAUUUCAAGCAUUUCUUCUAUGUAUUUCUUCUGCUGUGGAUUCCAUUGUACUUUAAAAUAGUGUUUAUUUUAUGGAACACAUAAGAUGUAAGUACUUCAAACAUUUGACAUUCAUACAAUAAAAUUAAUGUCCUCUGAA